AGGGUGGUGGCCACAGCAACGAGGGGCAGACAGAGCCAGGAGCCUGGGGAGGAAGCAGGAUGGCAGCAGGGACAACGGCCGGAGUCUGGGUGCUGGUCCUCAGUCUGUGGGGGGUAGCAGUAAGUGAUCAAAACAUCACAGCCCGGAUCGGGAAGCCACUGGUGCUGAACUGUAAGGGGGCCCCCAAGAAACCACCCCAGCAGCUGGAAUGGAAACUGAACACAGGCCGGACAGAAGCUUGGAAGGUCCUGACUCCCCAGGGAGGCCCCUGGGACAGUGUGGCACGGGUCCUCCCCAAUGGCUCCCUCCUCCUGCCGGCUGUUGGGAUCCAGGACGAGGGGACUUUCCGGUGUCGGGCAACGAGCCGGAACGGAAAGGAGACCAAGUCCAACUACCGAGUCCAAGUCUACCAGAUUCCUGGGAAGCCGGACAUUGUUGAUCCUGCCUCUGAACUCAUGGCUGGUGUCCCCAACAAGGUGGGGACUUGUGUGUCUGAGGGGGGCUACCCUGCAGGGACUCUUAGCUGGCACUUGGAUGGAAAAACUCUGAUACCUGACGGCAAAGGAGUGUCUGUGAAGGAAGAGACCAGGAGACACCCCGAGACAGGGCUUUUCACACUCCACUCCGAGUUGAUGGUGACCCCGGCCUGGGGAGGAGCUCCCCAACCCACCUUCUCCUGUAGCUUCAGCCCGAGCUUUCCCCGGCGCCGAGCCCUGCACACAGCUCCCAUCCGGCCCAGUGUCUGGGGUUUAACUCUUCAACUCAUGCCCGGCCCACCUCCAGAGCCUGUGCCCCUGGAGGAAGUCCAGUUGGUGGUAGAGCCAGCAGGUGGAGCUGUACCUCCUGGUGGGACUGUGACCUUGACCUGUGAAACCUCUGUCCAGCCCCCGCCCCAAAUCCACUGGACCAAGGAUGGCACACCCCUGCCCCUUUCCCCCAGCCCCGUGCUGCUGCUCCCUGAGGUAGGGCCUGAGGACCAGGGAACCUACAGCUGUGUGGCCACCCAUCCCAGCCACGGGCCCCAGAAGAGCCGAGCCAUCAGCAUCAGCAUCAUUGAAACAGGCGAGGAGGGGCCGGCGGCAGGUUCUGUCGAAGGGCCGGGGCUGGGAACGCUAGCCCUAGCCCUGGGGAUCCUGGGAGGCCUGGGGACCGCCGCCCUGCUCGUCGGGGUCAUCAUGUGGCACAGGCGGCAACGCAGAGGACAGGAGAGGAAGGCCCCCGAAAACCAGGAGGAAGACGAGGAGGAGCGUGCGGAGCUGAACCAGCCGGAGGAUCCCGAGGCGGCUGAGAGCAGUGCAGGAGCGCCUUGAGCAGCCCCAGCCAGACGGCCACCCACCCUCUGCCUUUUCUUUUUCCCACACUCGGUUCUGGCCCCAGACCAGUUCACCCCUGUAUAAUCUCCACCCCGCCUCCCCAAGCUCUCCUCCACAACCAGAGCCCCCCACAAGCCAUCAUGAGUAAACACCUGACACAUCUUGCCCCA